AUGGCCAGUAGUGGCGAUCCGGGUGGGAGUGAACCUCCUGGAAGGGUGGGCAUUGGGACGGUGCCGGCGGAUGGCGCCGGUAAGGUUGAUACAGGCGCAUCGAUCCAUCCAGGAUCGUCAUCGUCACUUCCGACGAAAUCAUCGCUGUUUGGGCGCCAACAGCAAGAAACCAGAAACAGUUCCUUCACCGUUCCUGCUGCAGCGGCCACCACCAACACGGCUGCUGCUAAAAGUAGUAAUCAAAACAUCAGCAACAACACCAAUCACAACACAAACCGGGCCACUCCGGGGUCUAUGACGAAAGAGACACCAAACCAUCGCGUCAUUCCGCCUGGCGGAAGAGAAAAGACAUUCGGUUCGGGUCGUUCCGGAGAAGCAGUUCAAUCGUCGCCGCCACCGGGCGAUGGUUCGGGAGAUGGAAGAACGUCAGCAACAGGUCCGCCACCUGCGUCCAGUGCCUCGACCAAAGAGCAGCCACAAUCUUGGCCAUCUUCAUCGAUGUUUGGGGACGGCAGUUGA